AUGUCUGAGGGCGUGUUCAAUCGGUUCGCUUGCUUCGCUGUGGACGGUGAGAGCUCUCCCAGCGUCGCCGUGCUGUCAGUGGCGGUCGGCGGCACAAGUGGCCAGUCAGGCGUGGGAGGCAUUGAAGCUGUAGGAGGCAUCGUCUGGAGGGCGCCGGAUUUGGAGCAGGGGGAGGAGCAGGGGAAGCAGCGCGGCAGUGGAGGUGCUACAACCGUGGCUGCUGCUUCUCUCACAGUCCCUGCUGAGAGUGCUGAGGCUGCGGACAGUGCUCAGGCUGCUGACAGUGCUGAGGCUGGUAAGGGUGUUGAUUCCGUCGCGGGUGCUGAGUCAGCGACUGCUACCAAGUGUGAAUCCUCCGAGCUUCCCUGUGCUGAUGAUGCUGAGCGUACCACUACCUACCAGAGGAUCGAAUAUGUUGAAGCAGAUAUUGAUGGUACGGAUAUCCUUGUUCACGGCCGCACUUUUAGCAAUGCGGAUGAAGGCGAGUUCUCUGUUGUCAUUGAGGGAGCUUAUAACGAGGAUGAAGGAGAAACGGCAGACAAUACAGAUAAAGCAGGGGAUGUGGUGGGCCCAGGGUUAGGGGACGGGAGAACUGCAGGAGCUGAGGCAGGAGCAGCGUUCAUGCCGAUAGCACUUCUCGCCUUUGUGCUGCCGUCACUCGCUCUCGCCAACAGCACGGGGGAAGCCCACUACUCCGCCCAGCUGCUGAACGCCCGUGGAAUGAGAGGCACUAUAAGCAUAUCCGUUUCAAG